GGGAUGAUGUGCUUUCUUCGGCCGACUUGACAUAGCGCGUCGUGCGUCGUGCGUCGUUGCGUCGCGGGUCGAGGAGGCGUUGGCGCAUCGCACGACUGCUGCCGCUGGUGCUGCUGCUGCGGACACACAACCCGGCUGUCCUGCACUGAAACGGGGGACGCAACUGACACUGUCACCAUCUUAACUGGAGGGGCUCACUCUGUGGAUACAGUUGCACUUUAAUUUAUCACUCACCAGCUUCACCGCAAUGAUCAAAAACGGUCAUCACAACCACCAAGUGAGCACGGUAGCCGGGAAAGACGCAGGGACGACCCCCGGAGCUGCAGCCUGCAGUCCCGAGAAGAGGAGGAGAAGAAUCCGGGUGUGGUGUGACGGCUGCUAUGACAUGGUUCAUUAUGGCCACUCCAACCAGCUGCGACAGGCCAAGGCCAUGGGAGAUUACCUCAUCGUUGGAGUACACACAGAUAGUGAGAUUGCGAAACACAAGGGUCCUCCCGUCUUCACUCAGGCAGAAAGAUACAAGAUGGUGCGGGCCAUAAAAUGGGUGGAUGAGGUUGUGGAAGGAGCGCCUUACGUCACCACCCUCCAGACCCUCGACAAGUACAACUGUGACUUCUGUGUGCACGGAGAUGAUAUAACACUGACAGUUGAUGGAAAAGACACAUACGAAGAGGUGAAGAAGUCAGGGCGGUACAGGGAGUGUAAGAGAACCCAGGGAGUUUCAACUACAGAUCUGGUCGGCAGGAUGCUACUGAUGACCAAAGCACACCACAGCAACAUUGAUAGUUCAGACUAUCAGCAGCACACAGACAACUUUGGAAAGAAGGGCCACAGUCCCUGGACAGGGGUGUCUCAGUUCCUGCAGACUUCACAGAAGAUCAUCCAGUUUGCUUCAGGACAAGAGCCCCAACCCGGAGACACAAUUAUCUACGUGGCAGGAGCCUUUGACCUCUUCCACAUUGGCCAUGUGGACUUCCUGGAAGCAGUGCAUAAGCUCGCAGAAAAGCCAUACAUUAUAGUCGGGUUGCACUUUGAUCAAGAGGUGAACCGCUACAAAGGGAAAAACUACCCCAUUAUGAAUGUCCAUGAGAGAACGCUCAGCGUGCUGGCCUGUCGAUAUGUGUCAGAAGUGGUGAUUGGUGCGCCCUUUGCAGUCACAAAAGAUUUACUGGACCAUUUUAAGGUGGAUCUUGUAUGCCAUGGGAAGACAGUAAUAUAUCCUGACAAGGAUGGAUCCGACCCUUAUGCUGAGCCGAGGAGAAAAGAAAUCCUGCGGACUGUUGACAGUGAGAACAGCCUGACUACAGAUGCCAUUGUGCAAAGAAUAAUUAAAAACAGGUUGCUAUUUGAAGCAAGGAAUCAGAAGAAAGAGGCCAAAGAGAUUGCUGUGAUCCAGGCCCUGAAGCGACAAGAAGAGGAGAAAACAAAAGAAAGACCCCAGGCUGUCGUGUAGGAAGGCUCUAAACAAGCACCAUCGACUAAGUGUCAUCAUAACACUGACAAUUAAUCUAAACUCAACAUAACACUGACAAUUAAUCUAAACUAAACAUAACACUGACAAUUAAUCUAAACUCAUGUACAAUGAAAUCAGCUCUUAUAUGUGUUAUGACACCGUCAGCACAACAAUCCUGGCUGAUAACAGCAGUCCUUAGGGCAGCCUGUUUAUAGCUAGGAGGAUAUAGUCUGCUGUGUGAUCAUCAGGUAUACACUGUGUGUGUGUGUGUGUGUGUGUGUGUGUGUGUGUGUGUGUGUGUGUGUGUGU